AUGUUGUCCAAGCUUUGCGUCGGUUUUCGGCCCCUGGAGGUGCGGUAUCUGAUACGCCACGCCAGCUUGCUGGCUCAUCACCAAAGCCACCACCUUCGCUUUCGUCCUCGCCUCCGGUUCCGCCUGAGAGGAAUCGUCUGCCGGGAGGAUCACUGCUGUGCCGGUCAGAAGACGGUGCCGUCGCGGGAAGAGCACAUAGCCACAUUGAAGGGCGAGGAAUUCGAUGUUCUGGUCAUUGGGGGUGGGGCCGUGGGGUGCGGUUGCGCCGUGGACGCCGCCUGUCGCGGCCUCAAGACCGCCUUGGUGGAGGCCGAUGACUUUGCCAGCGGGGUCAGCUCACGCAGCACCAAACUGAUUGACGGCGUUGGCUCCUACCUGGCCGCCCUCCUCCAGAAGAAGGACCUCAAUCAGCUGUACAUCAUGGUCCAGAUGAUGAACGAACGAGCCACCAUGUUGAAGAUAGCCCCCCACCUGAACCGGGUCCAGCCGAUGCUCAUACCAUCCUACAGCGUGGUGGGCACGCCUCUUACAUGGCUGGCCCUUAAGAUCUACGACUUCAUAUCGGCGCACUCGAACGUGCGAGCCUCCCACUUCGUGUCCAAGGAGAAGACCCUCUACGAGUUUCCGCUCCUAAAAACCGAGGGGCUGCGGGGCGGGAUCGUUUACUAUGACGGGCAGAUGGACGACGCCCGUAUGUGCAUCGCUCUCACCAUGACCGCCGUGUGCCUGGGUGCAAGCGUGGCCAAUCACACCGAGGUGGUUGAAAUGGUGCCUCAGGACGGGUGCUGCCGGGUGGUGGGCGUCAAGGACAAGAUUGCCGAUGAGACAUUCUACAUCCAGGCCAGGGCAGUGAUCAAUGCCACUGGCACCAGCACAGACUUCAUACGGAAAAUGGACGAGGAGACCACCGCCCCCAUUCUCCUUCCCUCGGUUGGCACCCACGUCACCCUGCCCCGGUACUUUGGCUCAAGUACUUACGGACUCCUCAGUCCGUCAAAGGAUAAAAAGGAUCCCACAAUUGUCAUGGUGCCAUUCGAGAAUCAUACGCUGCUGGGUGUGCGUGAAGUAGAGCUGGACUUCAUGGAGAGCUCUAAGAGCCCGUCCCCAGACCCAGAAGACGUGGACUGCUUGCUGGACACCGCAAGAGAGAGGAUGGCACCCUGCGUGGAGUUGGAACGCUUCCACGUGCUUAGCGCCUGGACUGGCUUGCGUCCAUCAGUUAGCUGUCCCAGCGGAAAACGGGAGGAAGAGGAGGAGGGCGAUCGCACGCCGAUCAGCAGCUACAUGAUCGAGGUGAGCAAGAAUGGACUAAUAACACUGGCGGGCGGGCGCUGGAGCACCUACCGUGUGAUGGCCGCCCACGCCGUCGAUAUGGCCAUCGAGACAUGCGACCUUUGCGACGACCACGUGACCACGAGCUAUACGGAUGAUCUCGAGCUGGACGGUGCCCAGGGCUACUGCUGCAUGCUGCCGUUGGAACUUGUCCAGGACUAUGGCGUGCCCAUGGACGUGGCCCAGCACAUAUCCGACUCCUACGGCUACAACGGCCACGCCCUGCUCUCUCAAGCUCCGGACCGGAAGGGGCGCCUCCACCCAAGCUUCCCCUACAUCGAGGCCGAGGUGCAGUACGCGGUCCGUAACGAGUACGCCUGCACGCUGGUGGACAUCAUCGCCCGACGGCUUCGCGUGGCCUUUGUCGAUGCUGCUGCCACCCUGCACAUGCUUCCCAAGAUUCUCAAGGUGAUGGCUGAGGAGAAGGAGUGGCAGGAGGAGCAGGCCACGCAGGAGUUGCUCCGCGCCCAAGAGUUUCUGGUUCGUCAGAUGGGCCUCGGGUCGAUAAUCCGCCCCAAGAGCAUGUGUCCGAACAAACAGGAGCCCAGGACAAAAUCCACUCCGGAGGGAUGCUGCUGUAACAUUCCCAAACGCAAGGAGUGCCGCAGCUUCUCCUCAAUGGGAGGCGCCUCCGUAAGAUCAGCUGCGAGCUUAGCCUCGUCCUUUAUGGCGCAUCCGGCCUCAACACCUUCUGUUUCAAAAGUAACCGAAAAGCCCUUGCCUAUUACGUCUGGAAUAACGACAAGCUCCGUGGAGUCCACGUCCCGGUACCCAGUUUUAAGAGCUUCUGUCUCCAAAGUAACCGCACCGCCAUUGGCUUUUACGUCUGGAAUCACGCAUACCUCUGUGGAGUCAAGCUCCUCGUCUGAACAUCAACCCAACACCCGGCAAAGAGGCUGGAUCGAUCGAAAGAAGGAAAUUAUUCUCAAGAUUUGGCGUAACAAAUUCAUGUGCUGAUCCGGCUCCAAAUGGAAAACAUUUUAUUAGUCUUUCAAAUUCGAGUUGAGCCCAGGUUGCAUUCGAUAGCACAUGGGCUGAGCAACAAAGGGUUUCCUUUUGGGUCUAUCUAGCCCCUCAAGAAGAUGGACUUCCCUUCCUAGAGAAAACUCUACUGCAGAGCCAGCACACCGUUCAAUACAAGUUUUGGCCCGACCUUUCCUCGAAAUGGAACGUAAUUGCAAUUUUUGGAUUCCGUGGAUAAAUUAAAUACAGUCUGAGUUUUAUUUCUUUUGGA